GAAUGGCCAUGCUGGAAAUGUGCAUUAAUUAUCGCUAUAGUUGACACACAACUGGCUGUGUCAUUGCUACUCAUCGAUAUUUUCACCAAUCACAUUUCAAAUACCAAAUUUGCGGUCGGUACUUCCAUAUUAUUGUUUGUGAACGCACUUCUUGCCUUCAUCUCUGCAAGGUUACCAUUUCUUCAAUGCAAAUUCCGUUCCAUUAUUAUUCAGAGAAUAGAUAAAUUGUCUCAAAUAUUAUUAAUGUUGUUCUCGUUGUUGGCAUUAUUGAUGAGUAUUAUAAUGUGUAUCGAAAGUGCAUUUAUAAUCAAUUUUUAUUGUUCCAUUAACGAUAGCAACAACUACUAUUUGCAAUAUUGCUUUAAUGAUAAAAUUAUCAUUCAUGUUCUUCUUUUAUCGAUGGCGCUUAUCCAAUUCACAGUCACCUUAAUAACAAUGUUAAUGUGCUAUCGUUCGCUGCAUAAAGCUUAUGCCGUUUAUAAAGCCUCAUCACCGUACAGCACAUUGAUCGAAGGUAAUCUGGAGCUGUUCCGUCGACAUGCAAUGUGA